UUCUAAAAUGAAUUCUAUCUUGGCUGCAAAGCAAGGCCGCAGGACAUCAAAAAGAACACUUCAAUUCUCCGUUUCCUCCUCUACCUUCCCAUCCAUCGUGAUUCUACCAGUUUCUGAGAAUGGUGAGGGUUGGUGGGAUCGUUGUGUGCCUCUUGAUUGUAAUCAUGGACAUUGUUGCAGGCAUACUAGGCAUUGAAGCUGAGAUAGCCCAAAGCAAGGGAAAGAACUUGAGAGUGCUUAUCUUUGAGUGUAAGGAGCCAGUCCAUCAAGCCUACAGGCUUGGGAUCGCAGCUGCAGUAAUCCUGGCAGCAGCUCAUGUGAUUGCUAACCUUCUUGGUGGGUGCACUUGCAUCUGCUCAAGGCAAGAGUUUGAACAUGCUUCAGCAAACAGGCAAAUGGCUGCAGCAACUCUUGCUGUCUCAUGGGUUAUAGUGUUGGUCGGCUUCUCAUUGCUGAUGAUAGGAGCUAUGUCAAACGCAAAGUCAAAAGCCACUUGCGGGUUCGGGCACCGCCAUUUCCUUUCCAUAGGAGGGAUCCUUUGCUUUGCUCAUGGAUUAUUCACCGUGGCCUACUACUCCUCAGCUAUUGCGUCCUGGGAUGAGGGCAAAUUCAUGGGAAGACCCCAGCAAGCUCAUCCCUAGAAGAAAUCUCAAGUUCUGAUCAAUAAUGUGAGAACGCUUUGUUUGUUCAUAAUUCGUGAAAUUAAGUGAUGGAAUGUUAACGUGUGAGAAAUUUCCUUUC